UCCCCGCCCGCGCACGGACCGGCCCAGCGUAGCCCCCGCGCGGGGAGCGCGGGCCGGGCGAGGGCGAGGGCGAUGCCGCGGUGACGGCCCCGCCAUGGCGAAGCCCGCGGCGGCGGCGGCGGCGGCGUCGGAGGAGCUGAGCCAGGUGCCGGACGAGGAGCUGCUGCGCUGGAGCAAGGAGGAGCUGGCGCGGCGGCUGCGGCGCGCCGAGGGCGAGAAGGUGGGCCUCAUGCUGGAGCACGGCGGCCUGAUGCGCGACGUGAACCGGCGGCUACAGCAGCACCUGCUGGAGAUCCGCGGGCUCAAGGACGUGAACCAGCGGCUGCAGGACGACAACCAGGAGCUGCGCGAGCUCUGCUGCUUCCUCGACGACGACCGGCAGAAGGGGCGCAAGCUGGCGCGCGAGUGGCAGCGCUUCGGGCGCCACGCGGCCGGCGCCGUGUGGCACGAGGUGGCCCGCUCGCAGCAGAAGCUGCGCGAGCUCGAGGCGCGCCAGGAGGCCCUGAUGCGCGAGAACCUGGAGCUCAAGGAGCUGGUGCUGCUGCUGGACGAGGAGCGCGCGGCGCUGUCGGCGGCGGGGGGCGCGGGCGGCGGCGGCGGCGGCGGCGCGGGCUCCCGCAGCUCCAUCGACAGCCAGGCCAGCCUGAGCGGGCCGCUGGCGGGGGGCGCGGCGGGCGCGGGGGCCCGCGACGUGGGCGACGGCAGCAGCACGUCGAGCGCGGGCAGCGGCGGCAGCCCCGACCACCACCACCACGUCCCACCCCCGCUGCUGCCCCCAGGGCCGCACAAGGUCCCCGACGGCAAGACCGGAGCCACGCACCGGUCCCUGGACGACCUGUCGGCGCCACCGCACCACCGGAGCAUCCCCAACGGCCUGCACGAUCCCUCGUCCACCUACAUCAGGCAGCUGGAGACCAAAGUGAAGCUGCUGGAGGGUGACAAGCUCCUCGUGCAGCAGGCGGGCUCUGGCGAGUUCCGGACACUGCGGAAAGGCUUCUCACCGUACCACUCGGAGUCCCAGCUCGCGUCCCUGCCGCCCUCCUACCAGGACUCGCUGCAGAACGGCCCGGCUUGCCCUGUUCCUGAGCUGCCCUCGCCACCCCCUGCCAGCUACAGCUCCGCAGGGCAGAAGCCCGAGGCUGUCGUGCACGCCAUGAAGGUCCUGGAGGUGCACGAGAACCUGGACCGGCAGCUCCAGGACAGCUGUGAGGAGGACCUGAGCGAGAAGGAGAAGGCCAUCGUCCGCGAGAUGUGCAACGUGGUCUGGAGGAAACUGGGAGAUGCCGCCAGCUCCAAGCCCUCCAUCCGGCAGCACCUGUCUGGGAACCAGUUCAAGGGGCCUUUGUAGGGCCGUUCCUCCGUGGGUGCGGGCUGGCCCUGCCUGGGGUCCCCAGGAGGGCUUCGGGCCCCAGACAUGGGCAGGACCUCCGCUGAGCCACUGUCGUCUCUCUCUGUGGUGAAUUGUACAUAGGGCCCCGCUGCCGCGGCCCGGCACGCGGACGACCAGGCCUCCAUCUCCCGCCUCGCACACCAGCAACCCGGGACGCCGCUGACCGUCCCCGCGGCAGAGCGGCCGGGACAGCCUCAAGCCACUCUGCGCCCGGCCCCGGCCUCCACAAGGAGACGCUGAAGGCUGCUUCUGAGGUGCCAGGCCCAGGGACUGUCCCAGGCUUCUGUGUCCAGCCCUUCACCCCUAGCUGCCACCUGCACUGGACAGAGGCUGCGGGCACCUGGAUGCUGAUGCAGGGGCACCACUUCUUGCCCGCCUGCCGGCCUGGCCCCCGGCCCACCGAGCACUGGGUCCCCUGUGUCACGGACAGAGAAACUUGCCGGCCCAUGGCUGGCUGGAGGCUGCUCUGGGGCUCUCAGCCCCUUCCUCUGACACUCAGUCUGGAGCCAGGACCCCUGCCCUGCCCGGGGGGCUGUGCCCAGCCACCCUGAUGUCAGCUGCUACUUGUUUUUAGAGUUCAUCACCCCCACCCCCCAACACUCUCUGCAGUGCCCCCCACCCUGUGCCGGGUGUGCCCCAUCGUUUGGGGCUCCUCCUGCCCAGAGCCUGAGGCCCAUCCCUGUCUGUGGUUUCCAUUGUCGGGCCAGCUACGUAGGAAGGUCCUGGGGAGAGUUUCUUUCUCCAGGUGGGUAGCACUGGGCCACAGCUGGGCCUCUGGUCAGCUGUGGCCUUCCCCAGGGCCCAGCCGCAUCCUGGGUCACUGUGGACAGAACUGCCAGGGCCACAGAUGACAGAAGUUCUGUUCUCCCUGGGAAGGAAGGAGCCCAGCCUGGUUCUGGUUUUAAUUUGCUGUGUGACCUCCAGCAAGUCACUCAGCCUCUCUGGGCCCCUGGUGGAAAAAUGGGGUCUCCAGGGUUCCUUUCAGCCCUGCUCCCAGUUCAAGGCCAUCCAGCUCCAGGUGGCCUGGGUCCUCCUUGACAGCAUGACCUGAGGGGCCGACCUGCUGGAGAGGCGCCGGGCAGGUGGGCUGGGUGGAGGCCCAGGCUGAGCUCCGCUGCCACGCUGUCCCAUCACAGGCAGACAGUCACCUCCCCGCUGAGCCUCAGUGUCCUCAGCUGCAGAAUUGGCAGCAUAAGCCCCUCCUUACAGGGCUCUGGCGUCACAUGAGACCGGCAGUGUAAACGACCACGUAUAGACCGUAAAGUGUGACAGGCGACCGUGUGUGUGUGUGUGUGAGGAGGAUGAGGCCCAGAGGGGCUAAGAUAUUUUAUGGCACAUUAGAGAUAAGAUCCCAGAACAUGUAGGACAGGGACAGGCCACUUGCCCGACAUCUGUGAACACGCUUGUAGCUGGCCCCUGGCACCCCCCGUUCUGUUCCUCGCCCCCUCAGACUGCUGCGUCCCAACGGUACUUAGCGCUCCGUGCUGCCAGCAUGUGAGGAGCCCAAAGAGGUGGUCUUUGGUAUCAGCAGGUCUCAUUCAGGCCCAAGCAAGGGCAGGGAGACGGCUUCUCCCUCUCUCCCCAGCGGGAACCUCAUUCUGAGCAGUUCCCGCUCCGUGUCUGCCAUCAGCACCCUUGGGUCGCACACUCUCAGGGGAAAGGCUCGUGCCCUCACUGUGCCCAGGGAGUGCUGAGCGGGUGCUGGCAAUGGGCCUGGGCCUGCUGCUCUUGCUGUGGGUGUUACCAGAGGUUCCCCGGGCUCCUUCUGGAAGGAGCGUGCCCUCUUGUCACUAGAGGUGUGAACUGAAGCUGGAGGAACCUCUGCUGGUUAUGGUACUGGGCGAUUCCUGCCCAACUGGGCAGCUGGGCUGGGGAGGGGGAAGAGGCCCCUCUGGGUCUUGGAGUCCAAAGAACCACAGGGGGCUGGGGGCUGCGGGUCCAUUUUGGGUGGGGUCUGAGUCUGGGAGUCCACGUGAGUCCUGUUUGGAUCAGGUUGGCUUGGCCACCACUGAAAGCAAUAAGCAAGGGCUCCUGGUGCCUGCAGCUCUCCUGCAAGCUGGCCAAGGGAAGGGCAGCCUUGAAGCGGCCUUUCCCCUCUGGAGGGAAGUGACCCCAACCCUAAUGCUGCAGUGGCAUCCAGGGGUCUGUGGAGCAUUUCUUUGAGAACCCUCCUGCCUACGAUGGAGGCAAUACAGCUGUGCCCCUGAGCCAACACAGCAUUCGGAUGGUUUCCUAGGACAGAACUCUGUGACAGUCACAUCUCAGACAUACUAGCUGAUUUAAAAAGCCAGCAGUGACUCUGACCCCACGUUCCUGGGUACAGGUGGCAGUUGCAGAGAGCUGAGCCACAGGCUGGGGAGGGUCCGAUGGGGCCUCCCACGGGGGGAGCCUUGGGGGGCUGCAGCUCAGUGUGACUCCUGGCUCUGCCACUAGCAGGGUGCCACUGGGUGAUACUUCCCUUCUGGAGCCUUAGCUCUUAAAGCACCUGGCGGGGUGUCCUUCCGGAGGCCCCUUUCCAUUCUAGGCUCGGCUUGCGCUGGGCUUCGGGUCCCACUGUGAUGAAUCGCAUCCUUCCAGCCUCCCCAGGGGGCCCAGCCCGUCCUGGAGUCAUCAUCUGCUGAGCACAUUUUUAUCCAGAAGUUGUUAGCUACACAUCAGUGUUUAAAGAGAAAAAAGUGACCUUUCAUUUUUUUUUCUUGAAACUUGAGAGGAAACAAAAUACAUACUACUGAUUUUCUUUCUUUUUUUUAAAGAAACAAACUACAUGCAUGACUGCAGAGGUAGAGGGGUAUAUUUUUCAUACUGUGGGGGGAAAGUAUUUGUGCUGCUUUUUGGAGAUGGGCUGGAACGUCUGGUUUCUGUCCCCAGGCCCAGCAGCUGUGCUCUAUUUUCUGUAGACGGUGACUGCGGUGAGACCUGGGGCCGCCCUCCCGCCCCAGCGCCGCGCAGCGCCAGGGGCCCAGGACUCCCGGCCCGCUUCUACCUUCUGUCGAACCACUUUGAUUUGGGGAGAGAAAAAGAAAUAGAACUUUUUGAUAGUGUGGUAAAAACAUUGAUUUGAACUAUUUUAGUAAAAGGAGUAACAAAUAAGAUUGUGAUAGUGUAUACUUUGAGCUAGAUAAAUAAAGGCCUCUUUGCGAGCCUC